AUGUGGGCGGCUUCAUCUCUAGGUCUCAAUUCCAGGGCGAGUUUUGGAAUUCCCAUAUAUCAAUGGAUUCAAGAAUGGGUGAAGAUGCUCUUGAGGGAUGAUAGACCGAGAUGCGAUAGAGUUAAUUCUUUUUUUGCAGGAUUAUGGGCUCUUUGGACCUUCAGAAAUAAUGCAAUCUUUCGAGAAGGGGAGACGGAUCCGAGUAGGCUGGUAGAUAGUAUGAAGCGUUGGGAAGCUAUAUGUAUUGAAUCAGCCACUAGUAAGCUAGAAGAUGCAAAGAAUAAGAAUAGCAGGGUGAAUACCAGGGUAAAUGUGGUUGAAUUGGGUCAACAGCAAUCGGGGACCGUUAGCAGGAUCAUCGACGUGGAUGGGGCGUGGAAGAAGGAUAAGAGUGGAAGGGGUUUCCCUAGAUGUGGCAUUGGUUGGACAUAUAGACAGUCGGCGGAUGGCGACAUCAUAGAGCAUGGUAAGGAGACGGUGCUGUGUGAAUCCCCCCUGCAUACAGAAUUGCUAGGCAUCCUUCAUGUCCAGAACUGGUGCCAAUCGAGACACUUCUCAGAAAUCCUGAUCAGGACAGACUGUCAAAAGGCAAUCCAACUACUGCGAUCCACGACCUCGGGACCAGCUCACCUUCAGCAUUUACUUGAGGAUAUCAAAAAGAAGGGUAGUUCUUUUAUGUUUUGUAAUGUUAUUAAGGUUUCUAGACAGGUCAUUUGGAAGGCCCAUGAUCUAGCAGUAAAGGCUAGGAAAAGGGAUACUGAAUGA